UACGCAUGGAUUGGUGUUAAUAAGAAAAUUCUAUUUUCUAGAAUAUGAACCUAACUACGUUUAUAUAUUUAGUAUUCCAGGAUUAGUAAAAAUCCUCGUGUCUAGCUUCGUAGCAAGUGAGCACCUGCCAGUGACAGACAUCUGUAUGGUUGCUAACACACCACGAUGACCGUGGUAAUUGGGUUCGAAGGCAGUGCCAACAAGAUCGGAGUGGGUAUUGUGCGUGAUGGCGAGGUCCUCUCAAACCCCAGACGUACUUAUAUCACUCCACCCGGCCAAGGGUUCCUCCCCAGCGAGACGGCCAAGCACCACCGGGCCGUUGUCUUAACCGUCCUGAGGGAGGCGCUGCAGCAAGCAGGCCUGAAACCUGCCGACAUCGACUGCGUGGCCUACACAAAGGGUCCAGGGAUGGGAGCCCCGCUGGUGACCGUGGCCCUGGUGGCCCGGACGGUGGCCCAGCUGUGGGGCAAGCCCCUCCUGGGGGUGAACCACUGCAUCGGGCACAUCGAGAUGGGACGCCUGGUCACCCGCGCCAACAACCCCACCGUGCUGUACGUCAGCGGGGGGAACACGCAGGUGAUUGCUUACUCGGAGCACCGCUACAGGAUAUUCGGGGAGACCAUCGACAUCGCCGUGGGAAACUGCCUGGAUCGCUUCGCCAGGGUUAUUAAGAUCUCAAACGAUCCCAGCCCUGGAUACAACAUCGAGCAGAUGGCCAAGAAGGGUAAGGAGUUUGUGGAGUUGCCCUACACAGUGAAAGGAAUGGACGUAUCCUUCUCUGGAAUUCUGUCCUACAUCGAGGAUGCCGCUCACAAGAUGCUGGGCUCGGGUCAAUGCACCGCUGAGGACCUGUGCUUCUCUCUGCAGGAGACCCUGUUUGCCAUGCUGGUGGAGAUCACGGAGCGGGCCAUGGCGCACUGCAACUCCCAGGAGGUCCUCAUUGUCGGCGGAGUGGGCUGUAAUCUGCGCCUGCAGGAGAUGAUGGGAACGAUGUGCAAGGAGAGAGGAGCACAUCUCUUCGCCACAGACGAGAGCUUCUGCAUCGAUAACGGAGCGAUGAUCGCGCAGGCCGGCUGGGAGAUGUUCCGGUCGGGUCACGUGACCGAGCUGCCGGACUCCUGGAUCACCCAAAGGUACAGAACCGAUGAGGUGGAAGUCACGUGGAGAGACUGACCAACCGUACCGCCUUCUCGACCCUUAACCCCGCCUCCAUCCCUGUGACACGGCGAUGAUGUCACAGCACCUGUCAGAGACCUCCUCUGCGCCCGUCUCCACCCUCGAACGUCACCUGAAGCCGGGGUUCCUUAAUCUCAGGCCUGGGCCCACCCCCCCCGCACAUUCUGGUUGAUGGGUCCUCCAUCUUGAUGGUCGUGGUUGAAAGUUAAUUUGUUAAUUUGACAUGGUCAAUGCACACCAAUAUCAUUUAUGUAAAUGCACCAGACAAACCAGGGAUGCUAGUUAGUUAAUUAAUGAAUUAAUUAGGUCUCGUUCUGAACUACUGAUGACGGGGAGUCAGUGUAAAUGUUACUCUGUGGGUUUAGGGUGUGAACUGUAAGAGAACUAACGUCAAACCUCCACCCACGGUGUACAAUUGUUCAUUUUUCUAUUUUCAGAAUAAAGAAAUUUAAACCGUU